AUUGCCAAACACAAGAUGGCCGUCGCCAGCCACUGACCUCUGACACACUUGGGAAAGUGAAUCCAGUCUGUCUGUGUAUUAGUAUGUCUCUGUAUAGUGCCAUGGCUGCGACAGCACUGAGAGGGAUGGCGAGGAAAGAACUCCGUGGAGCAUUCCUGGGAGUGCGCAAUAUGGCGUCGGAGGUAGAAGUACCCAAGUAUCAGUACGAAACCCUUAAAGUCACAACAGAAGACAAUCAUGUCUUACACGUGGAGAUUAAUCGACCGGAGAAGAGAAACGCUAUGAACAAAAGUUUCUGGAGUGAGAUGGUUCUCUGCUUUCGUGCAAUCUCUGAUGAUCCAGAUUGUAGAGUGGUCGUGAUUUCGGGAGCUGGAAAAAUGUUUACAUCAGGAAUAGAUCUGAUGGACAUGGGGAGUGACUUUAUGCAACCAAGGGACACUGACACGGCCAGAACAGCCUGGGAAGUACGCAGGAAACUAUCCGCUUACCAGGAAUCCUUUUCCGUCAUUGAGAAGUGCCCAAAGCCUGUGAUUGCUGCUGUACACGGCGGGUGCAUCGGUGGAGGAGUGGAUCUCAUCUCUGCUUGUGACAUUCGUUAUUGCACACAGGACGCCUGGUUUCAAGUUAAGGAGGUGGAUAUCGGUAUGGCCGCUGAUGUUGGGACCCUGCAGCGACUUCCUAGAAUCAUCGGAAGUAUGAGCCUGGUGAAUGAACUCGCCUUCACUGCGCGGAAGAUGAUGGCCGAUGAAGCGGAGAGCAGCGGAUUGGUCAGUCGUGUUUUUCCCGAUAAAUCCGCCCUCCUCCUCGCUGCAUUUGGUCUGGCAUCCGAGAUUGCCAGUAAGAGUCCGGUUGCUGUCCAAGGAACCAAAGUGAACUUGGUCUAUUCCCAGAGCCACUCAGUGCAGGAGAGCCUUGAUUACAUGGCGUGUUGGAACAUGAGCAUGCUGCAGACAGACGAUGUCCUGAAAUCGGCCCAGGCCGUUCUGGAGAAAAAAUCUGUAAAAGAUGUAAACUUCUCUAAACUAUAGGAGGAGCAGAGAACCCAACGCAAGACAGAAUCCAGAACAAAUCUUAGAGUGCAGUGACAGAAUUAGACAGACCCUAGAAAAUGGGAACCGAAUUAGACUGAGAUUGAAUUAAAUUACGGAUCGGAGCCCUGGGACAGAAUUGAAUGGACCCUGGAGCACAGGGAGAGAAUUACCGUUGGUAUAGCGGACUCAGCCCAUGUUGUUCCUCAGGGUGUAUUAAGCACUAAUUAAAGAUGUUUCAUUUGUAUUUCUGAUAAUCUGUGCAUUUAAUUCCGAUAAUAUGAUGUCUCUAAUCUUGACUGAUUAAUCCAUGCUUUCUUCAGCCUGUUAGGGAUAAUGUCAUCUGUCUGAGCUUCGUUCCCUAAUAAAGAACAUUUCAUCUGUUUCCAUGUGUUUAUUGCUUGUAUAGAUACUUAUUCAGCAUUUCUUAAAAUGGAUAAAAAUGUGAAUGAGAACCAUAUUAAAGUGCUUGUAAUUCAUUCAAAUUAAAGCUAAACACACUGUUACUUCUCUGGAAGUUAUCCCAUUCAAUAAAAUAUUGAAAAUAACUUAAAUAA